AUGUCUCAAAAAACUAACAAAAGUUUAUUACACGGGGCACGAGCUGAAAUGAAGGGAAAAAAAGGGCCAAAGAAAAACGAGGACAACAGAGAACAUGCCCUACAGGCAGUGGUCAUCGCAGAUUGCUUUGAGACCAGGUUUAAUCCUUUUACCUUGGAAACACCCAGAUGUCUUCUUCCACUAGCAAACACGCCUCUCAUCGAGUAUACGCUAGAGUUUCUUGCCAUGUCAGGUGUUGCCGAGGUGUACAUUUACUGUGGCACCCAAGCCACUGCUGUUGAGACUUAUAUGCUUCGCUCUAGGUGGCACCCUAGUAUUCCAGCCUCUCCCUUUCAAGUACUUGAGAACAUUAAGACUUCAGUCAGGUCGGUUGGUGAUGUCAUGCGAGAUCUGGACUCUAGGGAUCUAAUCACUAGCGACUUUAUCUUGGUUUAUGGCGAUCUAGUAUCAAAUAUUUGUAUGAGGAAUGCGCUCGCGACCCAUCGCGCACGCAAACAAGCUGAUAAAAACGCUAUAAUGACUAUGUUACUAAGAACUGGAGGAUUGGACAAGCACAGGACUAAGAGCAAGGGAGUUUCACCCGUUUUUGUCAUUGACCCUACCAUCAAUCGAUGUUUACACUACGAGGAAAUGCACCCUAUGCAGGCAAACAAAUACAUUAAUAUUGAUUCAUCUCUACUGACCGAGCAUAGCGAGUUGGAGGUUCUGACCGACCUUAUAGAUUGCGGUAUCGACAUUUGUACACCCGACGUCUUGGCUCUAUGGGCCGAAUCAUUUGACUACGAAAUUUCUCGCCGGCAUUUUUUGCAUGGGGUCCUCAAAGAUUAUGAGUUAAAUGGGAAGAAAAUUUACACAGAGAUCAUUGACGAUCACUAUGCUGCAAGGGUCUCUAAUCUCCAGUCAUAUGAGGCCGUUAGCAAAGAUAUAUUGGGCCGGUGGACGUAUCCUUUCGUUCCUGAUAGCAACUUGGUAGCAGGUCAAACCUAUAAGGUAGAACGAGGGGGUCUCUGUAAAGAAAAUGGCGUAAUACUGGCUCGGACGUGUAAAACUGGAAGGAGAACGGUGUUAGGAAGAGACACAAGCCUUGGUGAUGGCAGCACAAUUUCCAGCAGUAUAAUUGGAAGGAGAUGCCGUAUUGGUAAUAAUGUUCAUAUUCAGAAUGCCUAUAUUUGGGAUGACGUGGUUAUCGAUGAUGGCACAACAAUCGACCGAGCAAUCGUGGCCAACAACGCAUCCAUUGGAAAGAACUGCAGAAUUGAGCCUGGCUCGCUUGUUUCUUACGGCGUGCGCAUUGCAGACGGGAUUGUGGUUAUGGAAGGCCAUAAAGUCACAUGCUUCAACCGUGUCCCUAACAAUGGCGCUGAGCCUACGAAAUUGUCACUGACCGAUCCAAUGGCAGUCGGCAAAGGCGGCCAGGGGUAUCUAUGGGAAGAAGACUCGGAUUGCGAGGACGAGGCAUCAAUUUUUCAGACUUCCCUCAUCUACAGCACUGCACAUCUCAAUUUAUCUGAUUCAUCCAUAUCCACUUUUGCCUCAUCGGUCUCUAACGACGGCGGCGUCUACAGUGAUAGGCGUCAUCCCAGCUUUACCGGAUCCAUCACCUCAGAUACUGACGGCACUGCGGGCAACGAGGGCUUCCACUAUGACGCUGUUAACGGACUCCUCGAUACACUGCGCGAGAACGGCGACUUUGACUCGGCCAAGCUCGAGUUCAUGGGCUUGCGUCUUUCUAAUGACGCGACAGACCACCAGAUCCGGCGUGCUAUUGCAGUUGCCUUCACCAAACGCAUUGCCCAGCUCGUAGAACAUGAGAAGCUCGAAGCUCUCAAAGCCACAACUCACGCCUUCAGUACGCCGGGAGCCGAGAAGUUCCUCCGCGAAGUCGCUAUUGGCAUUGACCGUCGUAUCGAUGACCAGGUCGACUUUAUUAUCUGUCUUCAGAAAGAUCUCUUGCAUAGAGCUAGCGGUGCUACUAUUCUAGCAGCCAUGAGUCAGGAUCUUUACACCCGCGAUAUACUUGAGGAAGGGGCCUUUUUACUGUGGUGGGAGCUGGGCGAGAAAUUAGGUGCAGAUGAGGUCUUAGAGAUGUCCAAGAUACGAGAGAGGACUGGUGUCUUUAUUAAGUGGCUAAGGGAGGCCGAGUCGGAGAGUAGUAGUUGUGAUAGUAGCAGUGGUAGCGAGGGAGACGAUGAUGAAGAUGAAGACUAG